AGAAAUCAGUUUCCUUUCAAUAUAAAUCGGAAAUGUCUAUCUGGAAUAAACCAUUAACUGUUUGCACGCAAAUAUUAUUCAAAAGAUCUAUUAUGACAGCUUCUUCCCGUUGUCAAAAAGUUGUAGAAGAAUUAAAAGGAAAUCCUUAUUAUGAGAAAUAUGCAUCUAAAAUAGCUACUCUGCAAGAAACAUCCCCUGAAGAAUUUCUGUCUAGAGUAGAAAAACAUGAAGAAGAAAAAGCAAAAAGUUCAAAAUUUGGUUCAGUGAAAGAAAGACAAUUUUCAUCAGUUCUGGAACCUAAAAAAUCAUCUGCAAAUAUAACGUUACCUAAAAAGUCUCUUAAUGAUUAUAUGAAAUUGGAAUUAGUUGUUGAUAAAAGUGCUGAAGAAAUCAAAGAAUUAUGGCAACAAUAUCACAAAGACAAAGAUGUAAUUAGUGGUACAAUUCCAAUAGACCUUUAUGAUAAAAUUGAAGAACGCAGUAAAGAACAUAAAAUAUUUUUAUUACCAUUGCCAAGAUCCCAAGGUUAUGAAUUUUUCAUGCUCCAGUUUGAUUACAAUGAAGUUCAUUUUACACCGUUGAUAUGUUAUCAGGUACAUAAAGAAAACGCUCCUGAAUGCUUAACAAUUUGGCAUUACACAGAAUUAAAAGACAAAGGGCUUAUAUUGAUGAGAGGUGAAUUUGAUAAAAAUGUUCUGGAUGCCAAAGAAGCACAAUGUCUUGCUAACCAAUUACAGAUGUAUUAUGGGCAAAACCAUGAAAGCAAGCAAAAGCUUCUUGAAGUCUUUACUAAAUCUCCACAGUCUUUCAAACACACAGAUUUAAUAAAUGAAUUGGAAAACUUGACUUUGACAUAAUUGACCCAUGUAAAUACUGUAUAAAUAAAAAU